AUGGUUUCUAUCGGUGAUGGCCAAUUAUCUUUUCCAUCGGUUCGGAUCGGUCUUUCCGAUGAUAUCAAAGGCAACUUUGUUCGUUUGCCUGGUUCGAUAGUACAAAUGCUGGAAUCUACACCCAUUCCAGUUCAAAAUUUUGGAAUUGAAACCAGCUACAAGGGUAGGCACCUUUAUCUAGGCUGGGAUGGGCACGAAUCUUUGCAACUCCUCAAUGGACAAUCGGUCGUUCAGAUCAAUCCCACUGUUGCUGCAAUUCAUGGACUUCGCGGAGGAGAGGAGGUCACUAUAAAUGUCAAGCUUUUUGAUGAUUCACUAAUAGCUACAGAGGUUUACAUCGAUCCUGAGACAAGUGAUGAUUGGGAAAUAAUUGAAAGCAAUGCUCAGUUUUUCCAAGAUCAAAUUCUGCAUCAGACAAGAAUUGUCUCUAAAAAUCAGACACUGGUUUGUUAUGUAGAAGAGAUUGUUGCAAAAUUUAAUGUACAAAAGAUUAUUCCAGAAAACCUGAGUUUUGCGAGGCUAACUACUGAUUCGCUGAUAAUUGUCAAACCACGAGAAAACAGAAUUCGCACAGCAAAUGAAAAAGCUCCCCAGAGCUUGUCAGCAUUUUCAAUUCAAAAGCCGGAACUAACGAGAAGCUUGUUAAGGAAAAAUGACAUGGCAGGAUUCCAACUGCAAAUGCAUCCGCAAUGUAUUAAGUCCUCUUUAGCAUUUGUUUCAGUCAUUUCAAAUCCAAUUGAAUCUGAAAAGAAAACCUCGGACGCAGAUGAUAAGACAGCAGUUGAAGUGGCAAAGAAAAUAGUGGUUGAGAUAUUAUCGAACAAGGAAAUUCCUUUGAAUCAUGUGGUCAUUUCAGAUCUAUGUAGGCAAGCCUUGAACCUUGUGGCAAAUAACGGAGAAAAGAUCCAAGUUGAGUUUGUGGAUCAAAAUGAUGAAGCAAUUGCUCCCAUUGUCAUUGCACAUAAAGUGAAGCAUUCCACCGAACCAAGCAACAUAUUGAUUAAGGGUGACAUGGAUAAUUCCACUAAUGAGAGUAUCGAAAAUUUUAUGACCUCAAUGAACGACAUCAUUAUUACAGACAAAACAUUCUUGUCAGGUAAAGACAUUUACUUGGAGUUAUUUACAAAAAGUGGAAAUCGUGUUCCAUUCCAUCGCUGGAAAAGUGAGGAGAUUACUUGGAGAUAUUCACCAGAUGAUGUGACAGUCCUAGAGCCAAUACGAUAUGCUCAGCCCGUAAAACCCGAUACUGCCAUUGGAGUAGAUAGUGUGCUUGAAGAGAUGUUGGACUACGUGACUUCUCCCAUUGUUUCCUCCAGUGGCUCCCUUUUGCAUGGUUCAUCUGGUAUGGGCAAGACUCUAUUAUUGCAAAAUUUAUCUUAUAGGCUGUUGUCAGAAUCACCACACUAUGUGAAAUAUGUCGAUUGUCAACAAAUAGCAGAAAGUGGCAGCUUUCCCAAGAUGAAGCAGCUUGUGUUAAAGUGGUGCUCGAUAUGUUAUUGGCAUAAGCCCUCUCUUCUCAUACUCGAUAAUGCAGAGACAAUUUUCCCCAGUACGAAAUCAGAAGAGGAAGCUCCGGCAGGUUCUGCAUUUGACGCUAGCUCGGUAAAAUUAUGCCAGUUAUUUAUUAGCGCUGUUGAGAAUAUCAAUCGCAAGAACUGGGCAUCUAUGCGUGUAUUACUGUCUGCAAAGAAUAAAGAUUCUUUAAAUCAAAUGCUAUUUUCUAACCAUUUUGUCGGUACUUAUUGGCAUCUGAAGCCACCCCAACGAGACCAACGCAGCGACAUAUUAUUAGAUCUUUUAGAUCGCAAGAAGUUACUUCUAGCUUCCAACGUGGAUAUAACGUCGCUUUCUAUUGAGACCGAAGGGUUUUCGCCGCGAGACAUUGCCUUAUUGUCUGACAAAAUAUUCUGUUUGCAUAUUUCUGCACAUGAGGAUGAGACGGAGCCCCUCGUAAAGACAACUUUUGAUGAGGCUAUCAAAGGCUUCACUCCUUCUUCUCUCAAAGGUAUCAAAUUGCAGAAAAAUACAGGCGUCAAAUGGAGCAGCAUAGGUGCCCUACAAAAGGCAAAAACGCUUCUCCUUGAAACAUUAGAAUGGCCUACCAAGUACGCGCCUGUCUUCGCCAAGUGCCCUUUACGACUUCGAUCAGGAAUUCUGUUGUACGGUUAUCCCGGUUGUGGUAAGACAAUGUUGGCGAGCGCGGUGGCGCAGCAAUGCUCGUUGAACUUUAUUUCAGUCAAGGGUCCCGAAAUCUUGAACAAAUACAUUGGAGCCAGUGAGCAAAGUGUUCGAGAGAUUUUUGAAAGAGCACAGGCAGCUAAACCUUGUGUACUAUUUUUCGAUGAGUUUGACUCUAUUGCGCCCAAGAGAGGUCAUGAUUCCAUCGGGGUCACCGACCGGGUAGUGAACCAAAUGUUAACUCAAAUGGAUGGUGCUGAGGGGCUUGAUGGAGUAUAUGUCCUGGCCGCUACGAGCAGACCGGAUCUUAUUGACUCCGCGCUUCUACGUCCCGGAAGAUUAGAUAAGAGCAUCCUUUGCGGAAUACCGAACGAAACAGAAAGGCUGCAAAUUCUCAAUGCCGUGACGACAUCAGGGGAUAUGAAUAUGGAAUCUGACUGCGACCUAUCUCAGGUGGCCAGAGAAACACAUGGCUUCUCGGGUGCAGAUCUGCAGGGUCUCUGCUACAAUGCUUAUUUGAAAGCCGUGCACAGAACUCUGAACAGUCAUGCAUCGAAAUCCGACAGUUUCGAAGAUUCCCAAGGUGACCCUGAGUCUGAUAUGAGAUACACGUUGCUUAGCGACAACGCCGCACCCCCACACGACUUCAUAGAGAGGGUGAGAGAGCGUUACACUCAAUCUGUAUCUGAACGAACUGUAUCAGGGUCCACGCCGGUGGUCAUAACACUUAAUGAUUUUAUAGAGGCGUCAGCUGAGACGAAGCCUAGCAUUUCUGCCAGUGAAUUUCAAAAACUGAGCGAGAUAUAUGGUAAAUUCGCCAAUGACAGAGACGGCGAAAUGCGCAGUGGAGAGGCUUCCAACGAAAUCGGAGGUAGGACCACUCUUAUGUAG